CCGAUGAAGACACCAAGCGCGAGCUCGAGGAGGGGCCCGCGCGCUACGCCGCCUACCUGCGCCGGAUCACGCAGCUCUUCCUCGUCAAGGGGCGGCUGAUCGCGUACACGUCAGACAUCGGCGAGUCGGUGCGGCCAGUGGUGCCUGCCUCUGUUGUCCGUCUGGCGUAUGGCAUCACGUGGGCCUACGUCGGCGUCGAUGUCGUGUACAACACCUGCGAGGAGAAGGCGAAGGGCUCGCCUCCGAUGGCGGUGCUGAGGACCGGCGUCCACGCGCUCACCUUCCAGUCGAUUGCGUCUGUGCUCGUGCCCUCGGUCAUCAUCCACCAGGUUGUCCACUCUGCAGACAACUUGACGAAGCGCUUCCCAAAGUUCAUGGCCGGCGGCAUGGUCGCGCGCUGGCUGCCCUCGCUGGUCGGCCUUGCGUUCAUACCGCUGAUGCCGUUCAUCGAUGAGCCGGUCGAGCACCUCAUCGACAAGGGCUUCGACAAGGCCUGGCCAAAGGCGGACGCGCCGCCCGAGGGCGAGAAAAAGAAGCACUGAGCCCCGACACAGCAGCAGAGACCUCUGCCCGAGGCACGGUUCUCGUGACCGCCCCGGCGGGACUGCGCGCCGCCGCAUGUUGUACCAUUCGUCUGCCCGUGGCCGCCCCCGUGCUACGGCGGUAAGGGUGCCUCUCGCGCAGCGAAAGUUCGCUCAGCGACCAACCAUGUAUGCGCAGUAUGUGAGUGAACCUGUG